AAGGUGAGGGAGAGAGUCAAAGGAGUCCUCUCCAUGACCUACCACCGUCGCUACUCAUCGAUAACUACCAAAUGAAUUAUUGAAAACCCCCAAACGCGAACAAAUCUUACCCGCUUUCCCGCCGUUCAAUUUUCUAUCUCCUCCUAUCUCUCUACCUCCCAUCGCUUUCACUCCGCCGGAAUGUCCUCCGUACCGGAGACUGGCGCUACCGACAUCUCUACCGAACCUCCGGUGGUUGACGACAAUGUCAAGUUCGGAUUCCUACGGAAGGAGAUGUACACCGAGAAACUCGCCGGAACCGCCAUCGCUUACGACCGUCAUGUUAUCCUCUGCUACAAAACUCACGAGACGUGGCCUUCUCGAGUUGAAUCGUCCGAUUCGCAUCCGCUUCCUAAGCUUCUCGCCGGAGCUCUUAAAGCUCGUAAGAACGACAUUCCUGUAAAGACUCUAUUGACUAUAUGCGAAGGUCGUGAAGGUACAGAGUUAUCAGAUGGAGAUGUUUUGCUUUUUCCUGAAAUGGUCAAGUACAGGGGAUUGAAGGAAUCAGACAUUAAUAGUUUUGUGGACGAAGUGAUUGUGAAUGUAAAACCAUGGUCUACAGGAGUUCAAGAGACGAUGACGGGAUCACACGUAUUUGUGUGCGCUCAUAAUAGUCGAGAUAGAAGGUGUGGUGUUUGUGGACCGAUUUUAAUCAAGAAAUUCAAAGAGGAGGCUGAACUAAGGGGAUUAAAGAAUGUUUCUGUGAGUGCUUGUUCACAUGUUGGCGGUCACAAGUAUGCAGGAAACUUGAUCAUUUAUAGUGUUCAAGAUGAGCAAGUUUGUGGUCAUUGGUAUGGUUAUGCUACCCCGAAUGAUGUGCCUGCAUUGCUUGACCAACACAUUGGAAAGGGUGAAAUCAUCGAAAGGAUCUGGAGGGGUCAAAUGGGUGUUCCUCCCGUUAAGAAAGCUCAGAAAGCAGUUGAACCAACACUUCCAAAUGGAAACGAUCUUGAGGUCAACGAGAUCGAUAACCGAACAAACGGCAUCAAAGAAGAGAAAGAAAAAGAAAACGUCGGUGGUUGUUGUCAAGGUGCCAAUGGGUUUUCAUGCUGCAGAGACGACGAGAAGACAGAAAUAGUAACAGAAACGGAGAAGGAGGUAAAGAAACCUGCCGGUAAACUUGAUUUCUUAACGAAGAAAUGGGAGCAACAUGAGGUGUUUACAACCGCUGCUCUAGUUGUAGCCAUUGUAACAGUUGCUGUGGCCUAUAGCUUUUAUAAACGGUCGAGAUGAGAUGUGGAAAGUACAAAUAUAAGGGGUAAACGAACUUCACAGCCGCGUAUAUACGAAGGUACGUACCAAAUACCGACAAUCUUAGUCGGCGUAUUUGAACACAAAAUGUUGUGUGUAUUUUCUCCGUUGUUAUACACAAUAUGCUAAUAUAGUGAUUUCUUUCUGGUACAAA